GAGACGGACUGUGGCUGUGAACGCAUGGACUUACCCGAGAAACAAGAGGACAUUUCAGGAAGAAGUGCAGAGCUGCUGGAGGAGAUGGGGAGACGCAGAGAGCAGCUGAACAUCCUGAGGAGGCGACAGGUACAGGAGCGUGAGGCCGCUCGCCACAGGAAUGCCACCUUGCUGCAGGACUUACAGAAGAUAGAGGAUGGUCUUAGAGGAGCGAAGCUGACACACACACAUCUCCUGGCUUCAGAGACAAGGUAUUGGGUGUCUGUGGAAGAGUCCGUCCCAGCCUGGGAGCACUUCCUCUUGGGUAAAGGCCCACACCCAAUCGAUGGUCCAGGACAGACCGCAAGGAGAAACAAACACAACCCCAGCAUAGGCCUGCCUCCUCGGCCAAAACCACGGGCUGCCAGGUAGCUGAUUAUGAUGGUGCUACUGCAGCCUGAAAUCACCGUUUUAAAGUGACAUGAUGAAAAUGAGCACAAGUCAGAUGUUCUGCCGACCAAUGGGUUUCUAUGGUGAACCAUGGCAUCAAGCAAUGAGAAGAAGCGUAACUUUCUGACACCAACAUCAAGGUGUUUGUUUGUGAGGUGGAGGUGGAGAUCGACCGAUUGUUUGUUUGGUGGCCACAGCAGUGAUGUCAUUAAUAGAAGAGCAUGCACAGAGUGGUAACGUGUUGCUGCUGCUGUAAAUGCAGAGCGAGUACGAAACAGA